CUUGCUCUGAAGUGUCAUCCCAGCCCUGUCGGUUCUGUAAUCGAUUAUUUUUCACGUAAUUGUUUUUUAUUAUGAAGAUAUUGUAUACGAGAAACAAACUUUUAAUAUGGUCUUAGUGCAUCGCUAGCACUAGUGAAAUCGCCGGACCGUUUUGUUGUGCAUUAGUUCAUUCGUAUUACAAUAUGGCACAUAAGGAGGAAGAUGAGCCUUUUCAAGAUGAAGACGUUUAUAUCAACCCCGAAGAUGGUAUGCCUAAUAUUCAUCCCAAUAUAGCUAAUUUAGAACAUGAAAGUGACUCACAGGACGAAGUCAACGAUUUGGACGACAUACCGAAGUCUGUUAUUGUCACAAACAUUCAUAGUGACGUUUUCGGAAACGCUAAACUAAAAGCAGAGUUGGAAGAUCUUUUCCGAACCUUCUCGGAUAACAUAACAUUUCAGUGGCUCCGUAGUUUUAGACGGUUGCGUGUGAACUAUGACAGCCCGUUGGCGGCCGCUAACGCCCGUGUGCAACUACACCAGUAUCAGUUCUAUAACUCGUGUAUAAACUGUUACUUCGCUCAGCCGGUGACGCCCGUUUCUUUUAAGAAUUUGAGGCCUCCCGCUCCCGUAAAGCAAUAUUUGAUUUCUCCGCCAUCGAGCCCGCCGGUGGGAUGGGAGCCGCGAGAGGAGGGGGAGCCGCUGGUGAACCACGACCUGCUGGCGGCGCUGGCGAGCCUGGCGCCGGGCGAGAGCCACGAGCUGCACGCGCCCACCCCCACGCAGCCGGCCAUCGUCGUGCACACGGCGCUCGCCCCCGAGGGCCCCCCGCGCCCCUGUGCGAUUCCCCACACUCGCUGUCCUAAUUAUUGAUAUAUUUUUUUAAUCUAAUUACUACUUAGUGUAGAAGUUCGAGUGCUUUUUAUUCAUUCAACACCGCCACCACAAUACAGGCAACACCGGUAUCAUGGAACACCAAAGAAUGUAUUAUGAGUAAACAACAUGUAACUCUCGAAAUUGUUGACAUGCCAUGUGGGCUUGUAUUAAGUUAGGCUGAAUAGUAUAAUAUUAAUUGCUUUAACAUAUAGUUUAUUAUUUAAUUUAACAUGUAAAAGUUGAAUUGGUGCUAUUCUUAUUCAAAAAGGAAUUUAACAAUGUUUAUUUAUGUAAUUGUUUUAUAUUGUAUAGUACAUGUUGGCUUAAUAUAGAUCAUUAUGUUUUAAACAAUAUUUAAGAGGGUAAUCUUGGUAGGUUUGUGAAUAUACUUAUUGAUUAAGUUUCAAUUGUAGGGUGAAUCCACGUAAAAGUAAUGUGUGUCACGACUUCAUUAAGUGUUUAUUUGAACUACAGCUGUAAAUGAAAGGAUCUAUGCAUAUAUCUGGAAAGCACUUAUUUAGAGAUAGAUUACGACUUGAAAUUGCAUCAUGAAUAAAUGGAGCAAGCCAUAAAAUUGUGACUCAUGUUACUUUUGCUGCGGAUUGA